GGACGGGCAGAUUCAAGAAAUGAGAUACGACGAAGAGGUGGAACGAACGGUUUGUGAAAACGAUCAGAAGUUUCAAGGAAAGGAUUGCCUUCAGGACCAGAACGCGGCGAGAUGCUGCCGCCCCGUUGAAUAAUCGUUCCUGCACUGAAUAAUAACACUAAGUAAAAAUGUUACCUACGAAUUCGAGCAAAAAAAAAUUGUGCAUCUGCAAGCUGAAAUCUCAAAUUGUUGUCGUUGCCAAAUAAGUCGUGCACAACGCAAUCCUGUGGUCCCGGAAUAUGGCUUCGUCCACGAAGAGGUCAUGGAAACUCCAGGAUUUUGUUGCCCAUUCGUCCAAUGUCAAUUGCCUGGCACUAGGUCACAAAUCUGGACGCGUUUUGGUCACUGGUGGUGAUGAUAAAAAAGUGAAUCUAUGGGCAGUUGGAAAGCAGAAUUGUAUUAUGAGCCUGAGUGGUCAUACCACUCCAAUAGAAUGCGUAAGAUUUGGACAGACAGAAGAUUUAGUAUGCGCUGGCUCGCAAACAGGAGCAUUAAAAAUUUGGGACCUAGAGCAUGCUAAAUUAGCCCGUACAUUAACUGGGCACAAAGCAGGCAUACGUUGUAUGGACUUUCAUCCUUAUGGAGAAUUAUUAGCAUCAGGAAGUUUAGACACUGCUAUUAAACUUUGGGAUAUCCGAAGGAAAGGUUGUAUCUUCACUUAUAAGGGACACAAUAGGAUGGUAAAUAGUUUAAAAUUUAGUCCUGAUGGUCAGUGGAUUGCUAGUGCAGGAGAAGAAGGAAUGGUUAAGUUAUGGGAUUUAAGGGCUGGUAGACAGUUAAGAGAGUUUUCUGAACACAGAGGUCCAGCAACAACAGUGGAAUUUCAUCCUCAUGAAUUCUUACUAGCCAGUGGAAGUGCAGACAGAACAGUUCACUUUUGGGAUUUGGAAUCUUUUCAACUUGUAUCUUCUACAGACCAAAGUCAUUCCUCUGCAAUCAGAUGCCUCUACUUCAGUCAGGGUGGAGAAUGUCUUUUUGCUGGUUGCCAUGAUGUAUUAAAAGUUUAUGGUUGGGAACCAGGUAGAACAUUAGAUUCAGUCCCAACUGGCUGGGGAAAGGUACAGGAUAUAGCCAUCGCUCAAAAUCAACUGAUUGGUGCAAGUUUUCACACCGCAAACAUUGUUUUGUACGUGUGUGACUUAAAGAAAAUUGCUCCAUUAGGGGGAGUAUCAACAUCCGGUUCUCCAUUUAGUCAUGGGAAUUCGUUAAGGAAAAGUUUUUCUAGGGAAAGGCCACCUGGAUUAAAAAAACACACAUUAGAUGUACGGACCAUAGAAGAAGCAGACAAGUCUGGAACUGAUCCUGAAGAUGAAGCAACAUAUGCAGAUAUUCCUAAUGUCACUGAAUAUCAUGACAUAUUUCAACCUAACAGGUCAUUGUCUCGCACUCCACCUCCAGAACCUGAGGCUUUCCCGGAGCCUCAAGAUGUAGAUCCUACACAGCCACAGAUACUACAAAAUCUUUCUACCUCAAUGUCAAAUUUAAAUACGGUGGAUACAGAAGAAGUUCCACCUAUCUCAUCACCGUCAUCUCCGCCUCCACCCGCACCAACGUUAUCAUUGACAAAACCUGUACCAGUUCGUGUUCAACCGAUUAAAUCGUCGCCGCCAGUUCAAAGAAAUGCAAUCACGAGUACUAGCCAAAUAAAAGCAAAUCUUCAAGCAAAUAACGGUCUUGGUAGAACAUCAAAAAAUCUCGCGUCUAUACCACCUCUAAGACAAAACAUUACACCUCUUCCCGGGAAAAAAAGCGGUCCUACCAAUGAUAUAGGAACACUUCCACAACCUUUGGGCCCGCAAAGGUCAAACUCUACGCUGACGCCACGUGUAGCACCAAUGGCUGCUGUUCUUCCAGUAAUGGAUGAUGGUAAACUAAAGAACAGAGCACCUAGCCCGGAUUCUCCUAAGCAUUACUUGAAAAGACAGAGUAGCUGCAGAGAUGGAGAACAGGGUUACGAAAGCGAUUACCCGGUACAAAUUAAUAAUAUAAGGCACAGCCCCUCCGACCCUGCGUUAAACAGGCCAAAUUCUGCGCAAUCUAGGUCUACUUCGCUGAACAGAAACUUUGCUACCUCAACGUCGCUGUCUGCGCGCAACGCUUCCACAACCACGACAUUCGUUAUAAAGAAAGCAAAUAAAGCUCAAGUGCCCCCAAAUCCUAAGUUAGAGGUCCGUGCGUCUCAAAUAAGGCCCAAUAUCGAGAACACGGAGAAAGGCGAAUUUGUCCCCAUAAGCGCCGAUAAACCUUACGGCUUGGACGUUGAAACUUUUCUACCAAACCAUUUUGCAACUUCAACUGGGUUGGGUUUCUCGCAAAUGGGAGUUCUUAAUGAAAUGUCAGAAGCCGAAGUACUCAACAGCAUGAUGCGCGGUCAUGAAUCGAUGAUGGCAGUACUCACAAGUCGUCAUCGUUCUUUACAAAUUAUUUACUCUUUGUGGCACAAUAAAGAUCUUAAGGCUGCGGUGGAAUCUGCUGUGGCAAUGAACGAUCUUUCAGUUAUUGUGGAUCUAUUGGGGAUACUGACAUUAAAACCGACUAUGUGGAACUUGGAUCUCUGUAACUCUCUACUUGGUCCAAUUGGUGAUCUACUACAAAGUAAAUAUGAAAUGUACAUAACAGUGGGAUGUUCGGGGUUGAGAUUAAUUCUACGAAAUUUCGCAUCGGUGAUCAAGUCGAACGUGGAAGCUCCACUUCACACGAUCGGCGUGGACGUUUCGCGAGAAGAACGAUACCACAAGUGCCUCUCCUGUUACGAGAAGCUCUCGACGAUCAGAGGUGUUCUAUUAAAGAAACAGACGACACCAGGUAAAUUGGGUGCCUUGUUCCGCGAGAUGGUCGUAUUAAUACGAAGUCUCGAGUGACCACGGCUGAGGCAUUUGGUGAACUCGACCGCCAGACUCGUCGUUACCUGACAAAAAAUCGAGAAAGCUCGAGUAAAGAGAAGCAGAUGUACAUUGACCACGAUGGGGAAUCAUCAGCGCGCUUUCGAGCUGCUUUAUUCCGGAAAGCUUGGCGGAUCGGUUCGUCGAGAAUCGCUUCUUCCUUCUCCCCUCGGCUCCUUUCGAGUCCUAGCUUCCGAUUGGCGGCACGUUCCAAGGGAAACAAACGAGUACCGUGGAACACCUGCGAGAUUGACGACCCGAUGAUGUCAAAAUAAUGCUGUGAAAGAAGAAAAAGAGAUUUUCUUCCCUCUCUUUUUUUUUUUUUUUUUUAAUUACACGAUGGAAACAAUCGACGAAGAGACUUAGAGUCAAUGUUGUAUUGAUUGAAUGUUGGCGAUGAACUCGAUGCACGUUAUCGAGACUGUUUACAACGUUUGCUGACCUUAUGUGCACAAGAGUAUUCAGCCUGUUUUAAAAAGAAACGGGUACACCUUGAACAGUGAAGUCUGAACGAGAAAAAUUUCCACUACCGCGAACUGCUGUAUUAAUUCGUCGAUCCGAAUUUUAGAAGUUUCUCGGAGUAGAGAUCGAUGCUUGGACUAUAAAGAUGUUAAACUGAUGAUUAUUGUAAAAUAUUAUAUUAUACAGGAUGUGGUAGGACGUGUAGUACAGCGAGGCAGGGUGUGAUUUUAGAUGUGAAAAUUAGUUGCGAGUGAAGAAUACAAUUUUUUCGCUUAACGCUAUAACUACCAAAUUAACGGAUUACGGAUUUAUUAUAAAAUACAAUUUGGCUACUAAAAUAUGCAACUGCUCUUGGUAAAAUUAAUGUUGGCUUUUAUCGAGUUUUAGUAUUAAAACCUUGUUUUAUGAGAAAGUCGACGCUGAAAUUCUGUAAAGUAUACGUGCAAUUGAUUAUAUUCGGAUUUAGUAUUUAUACUAAUAAGCAGUAUUAUGAUAAAUACUGUCUUACGUACACAUUAUUGAAUGAUGAAAGUAAUGUUCUUUUCGACACUUUCCGAAUCAGAAAGCUGUCUUGAUUUUGUACUACAAUGUUCGUAUGAUCGGGUAAAAUCCAAUGAUUGUUAUAAGACAAGUUAUAACAAAGUUAUAUUCACAGUUGUUAUAAGAAACCACUGUGAUUGUUUGACCAACGGAAAUAGGCUGCAAGUAAACAAAACAGUUUGAAAGUGAAGCACAAUCCAUACCAGGUGGUUUAUAGAUAAGAAAAUAAACGGAAAAAUAGUGAAGUGUAUGCAUACUCAAUAAAUUUAUAAAUUGAAUUUUCUCAAAAAACGGGGCUUCAAAUGAAAAAAUUCUAUUCUUUAUUUUCGGUUCGUCUUUACAUGUAAGAUCACUCUCUGCCAUUUUAUACUACAUGCUGUACUCUGUAUGAUAUAUUGCACUACAUAUGCAUGUAUAUAAAAUUUGAUGCACGCGUUGCUUCGCGGACAAUACGAAUAAGAAUAAAACGGUGUCGCGGAGAUGAAAUUUUUCUCGAUGUAAUUACUCACGCGUCCGCGAGAAAAUGCGACACUGCGGUAUUAUUGACGGCCUUCUUGCCAGUCUUGUGUUGAUUUAUACAAGCGAGUAACCCCAACUGAAUCUAUAAAAUAUACAAACACGCGUGAGAAGAGAAAGACGAAGAUGCUUAACGACAAGUGAGUUAAUUAAGAAAUAUAAAAUAGGUAGUAACACUUUUUUUCUAGAAGUAACAGAAAGAGAUAAAAUAACAAAUUGUAUUUUUGCAAGAGCCAUUUGCGUCCGUUCAUUAAUAAAAAAAAAAAAGGAAAAAAAGAAGGUACUCUAAUUGUAGGUAUGUCUUUAAAUCCCUGAUAUGUCGCACGAAUAUACAAACGAGAGAAAAAAAUUGUGUCGAAGCUCCUCGUGAGUGAAAGAAGCGCAAAGAGGAAAACUAAAAUGAUUCCUUCGAAGUUCGAUCAUUCGAUGACGACACGAAAACAGAGUGAAGUGCGAUUUAAGGAUAAUUAUUCGAAAAGGAGACGAGAAUAUUUUACUUCAUCUUUCUUUUAUUAUUAGGUUGUAACAUAUGUUUGUCUCGUUUCCUCUAUUUGCAAAUAAAGAUAAAACUAGGAUGAACUUAUGUUACAACUCAAUAUAUCUUUCUGUUUAUUAUAUUCUUUACUCUUACAUAUAUUAUUUUCAGAAUUUUACAAGAGGUUUUGAAGCGAGCAUAAAUUGAAACAAAUUGGAAGUUUCAAAAAGAAGGACGGAGAAGUUAAAUAUGUAGUUACGGAAGAAACACGAAGGUCUCGUUGAACAGACGAAUCCAAAGAUCGUUUUGAAUUUUCUUUGUUCGAGUGCGGGACGAAUCGAUCGUUCCACGCGCACAACGUUUCUUUCACUGUUCCCCAUGUUCGAUUCUCGUCUCUUUUUCAGUGGUCCCUGUGAUGCCAGCUUAACUUGUUCCCUUUAUCCGUCUUACUCUUCGUCCGUUCACCAGCGAGUUAUCUCAAGUUUCUAAAGACCGCAUUACGAGAAAUUUCAUAGCAGAAGAAAAAUUAAAAUAUGGUUCAAAAUUGAAAUGAAAAUUGUGUAGAUGAAACGAAAGGAAAAUGUGAAAGAUAAACAAAAGCGAAAAUGAAAUUCUUCCGAAAUGAAACGAACUAAGAUAUUUUAUACUAUCGUAAUUGGAGAUUGCAAAAGGUGAAAUCACUCGUAUCAUAGCUUUUACAAACUGCAUACAAUAAUAUUUCAUAGAAAUCAUUAUUGAAUAUUUGGAAGGAGAAUGUUUUUUCAGAGAUUUUGGAUUUCACUUUUUUUGCACGUCGUAGAGGUACUGCAAACCUUUCGACAUCUUGUUCCAGUGACAAUUUUUGGGAUCAGAGAAGCAAUCGAUCGAUGAAUGUAACAAAAGAAAAAAAAAGAUUACGUAGCGUUAUUUUUUUAAAUCUAACGGGGGGAAACGUAUUUUAUCUCGAGGGACGAGCGUUUUGCGUUUAGUUUAAGAAUCCCUUUUCGUAGAUGUAUUUAAACAAGAAAAAGAGAAAACUAAUGUUGAGAGGUAUUUGUUUUAAUCAUUGUAUUUUUCGAUUAUUUAAUAAUCAGUAUUCUUUUAUCAACGAAACUUUUGAGCGAUCCCAUCGGGAACCGAAUGGUACAUCCCGAUCAUCUUUGUGUGUUCAAAGUUGUCAUAUGCUUUUUUCAACACCAAAACGGUAAUUACUACGUUACGAGAAAGUUGGAAGAAUUCAUUGGGAUAUGUAACACUUUAUAGAAAAUGUACGAUAUCUUUCAUCUUCAUAAGAAUUUUAUCAAUAACCUGUUUUUAUACCAUGUGAUCAAGUAAAUUACCUUUAUUGCUGAAACAUCGAUAUUUUUUGUGAUCCUGUUGCAUAUCAGUCUUUGUACACUUUUACACUAACUUUAUAAGCUUUCGAUUUUGAAAGACGACUUUGAUCGAAGAUUCAAAGCUUCUUAAUUUUAUUUUUAUUUAUAUGAUUCUUACGGAAGAGUAGAACAAUCUUUUGGAAAAGAAUAGAGAAAAAAGGAAUUGAUGGUUUUUAACUGUCGUUUAUACUUCUUCGAUCCCGUAGAAUUCUCGAUGGAACAGAGGUGGCAAAGGAACGAAUUGGAGCGCUCAAAACUCAGUCUUUGAUACACAAUCUAACGCCGUUUUAACUAAGCGACAAAAUAAGAGAAGAGAAACAAAGAAUAAGAGCGAAUCCAGAGAAAAUAAAAGAAAGAAAGCACGAGGAGAUUAACUCGUCGUCAGUUCCGUCCAACCGUAUUUUUGUAAGGGAGAGAAAGUGCGAGAGCCACGAGAGGAAGUGUGAGUGUGCGUAUUAUUCCUUCGGUCAUCAACUUCCGGAUGCGCUAUUAACACGUUGGCUAUGAUUGUUACAACAUUUUUACAUAUUUUUCCAAGGUUUUGCAAUUAAUCGUCGCAUGUGAGUUUACUUGGGAUUCAAACAUUUAGAACCUCUUCCAUCGAAAUUUAUUGUUAAUCCUUUGUGAUCCAAGUUGAUACGAUGAAACUUUUCAAUAAUCACAAAGUUUUUUUGAAGAAGCUUGAUCUUCCAUACGAAAACAAGCUACAAUAUUUAGUUCAGUAAAAAGAUAUAAAAAUGGAUAAAAGAUAUCGAUAGAAUAGAAUCUCAAUUCCAAUUUGAGAUAACACUGAAAAGUGUUAAUUAUUCUAAUAAACUUCGAUCGAUCGACAUCAAUUCAUCUAUUAUAAGGAAUGUGAGCUGUCCAAUGAAGCGAGGAAGAUAGUAUUUCAUAGCCAAGGUGUUAACAAGUUGAACAAAGAGUUGACGAAGCGCAUCCUCAUGCACGAGGAAACAAUCGGGUUUCCUCUUGUUCGACCACAAUGUACAUACAUACAUAUACGUAAAUCGCCUUCGUUGUUUAAGCCUUUGCACUUCUAACGAACAAAUACUACGAGCUGUCUACGCUCAAUUAAUUGUAACUCGACACACCGAACAGAUAUCGUAGUAGAGCUUACGAUUGUAAUUUAGGAUUAAUCGAACGUAAAGUAUAUAGAUUAUAACUUACAAGUGAUUCCGAUCCUCUACGCGUUAUGAACACACAUGCUCAUAGCUCGUAGAGAUCGUUUUAUUAUAAGCAUUUUCUUAUUUUAUCUUCUUGUUUUUGUUUUGUAUAUCAUUUUCAUCGUGCCAGUUUAAUCGUAUAUAGAAAGACACUGUUUUCUUUUCCUUUUAUUUUUUAAUUACAAAGAUUAUUGCUAUGUCUAUUAUAGAUAUUAUGUGGAAGACGAUCAAAGAAGAAUUCAAAUUCUUUUUUCGUUCUAUUUUUUGUUUUGUAUUGUUAAGGGAUUUUUAUCGACUAAUAAUUACGAUAAUAAAUUACGAUCACGAUACUGUAAUCGUACGAAUGAUAUACAUAAUGCAAUUAAUUACAAAAUGGUUCAUUGAUGAGGACGUAUGGUUAUAGGACGAAGAUUAAUAUCAUACGAAGCUAUUAAUCGUCUGCUAGAACGUUCUAGUUUUGUACGUUAAUGUAAAUAACAAUAACGAUAUUUUCUAUAUAUACUAAUUAUAAUAUUUCCUCGUACUAUUUGCGAUCGCACCAGUGCAAAGGAUUAAAGGCCCGUGAAGAACGCGCAGGGACGAUGUAUUUAAUUACAUUAUUUUAUCUGUUCGGUUUUUCGUAUGUCUCGAAAGAACUUGUGCGAGACGGUACUACGUUUAAAUGAAAUUUCAAAAUUUUGCUAUAUUCGAGUUCUCGUUGGACUGACAUCUUUUUUAAAGAUUAAUAAUGAUAUAAUAAUAGUAAUAACAUAUUAUGAUAAUUAAUAAUUAAUAGAAACCUAGAUAAUUAGAUUAUGCAAUUUCCAAUAGGCCUGGAUUAAUAAAUUUACUUUACUACUAAGCCUAAUUAGUGUUAAUAUAGUGUAAGCAAUGAAUUGGUAUAAUUUUAGAGUAGUACCGUCGUUUUUUCUUUAAUGUAAUUUUACUUUUAACGCGUGAUUGUGAUUCUCUCUGUGAAAAUAGAAAAUAACGGUGAGUCCAAUUUUAUCAAAAAAAAAAAUAUAUAUAUAUAUAUAUAAAAAGUGUUCCACUACGAAACUGAUAAACUUUGUCAGCAUAUUUACAGAGCCAUUCUAAACGAAAAAUGUUAUGUAAAUAAUGAUGUAUGUAGGAUUAUUUCAGUCUGUUAGCUAUAAGCUUCAACAUUUUAAAUGUCUUCGCGUUUUUUAUAUGAUAAUGACAAAAUGAGAAAAUAUCGUGUCUUAGGUCGGGCAAGGAAAAAUAUCAAAAACAAGAAAGUGGCAGAAAUAAUCUUAUGUAAGGAUGCACGAAGUCGCACAAUUUCAAAUAAAUAAUUAAUCAAAAAGUUAAGUAGCUUCGAUACAUCUGAUCAUUGUUUGUGCUUUAUAUCAAUACAUUUCCCUUAUCUAGAAAACGAAGAUGAAUCGACACAUUUUUUACUUGGAACAACAUCGUGGACAUGCUGACAAAAUUUAUGAUCUGGUCGUGGAAUACCCUGUAUAUUCACUAUUUAUAGAGUGCUGAAAUCAAGAUACACAGAGGGAAAUGAUUUUGUAAGAUUCUUCAGAGAUUGAACUCAAUCGAUUUUUGUAACUCAACGAGCUUGUCUUUUUGACUGUCUUUAACAUUUAUCAAUUUUUUCGUUCCCAUGCGACGUUCCUCGUUUAACGCGUAAAACUAAUCGACCUUAGCGUUUAAGGAUCGGCCACGGAACAAACUGAACGUCCGCGUAUGGACAGCUGAGAACAAAUAAUAACUCUACUGAAAAUUUAAAA